CGAUACUCCAAUUCCCAAUGAGGAGUGAGGGUAAAGAAUUGAAUAGCGCGGGAAAAUUAGGAGACCUAUUUAGGGUUGGUAUUAUGGAGCAGUAGGCAAGGGGUAAGGCAUGAUGCACGAAGAGGGCACGAUAAUAGAUCUGAGGCAAAGUGAAGGUGGCGCUGAUUUGGUGGAUCUCGGCGGCAAGGUCCACCAGCUCCCCUGCUCCAUCAAGUACGACGGCCCUUCCUCUGUUUCCCACUAUUUCAAACCCAAACCCACUGGGAUUGAGGUGGAGGGGUUAGAGCUGCAGGAAGCCUAUUUCAGAGGAAGGAAGUUGCAGGGAACGGCCAUUCCAAUUCCACAAGGGUAUUCUGGCUUUGUCCUAGGAAAAAAGAAUCUUGUGAAGAGAAAAGCUUCCGACAUGUCUGAAGGGAACUCAAACUGUUGGGAGGUGAAUGCAAAAUUUCGUGAUGUGACAUAUUGGAAUCAUGACAUCCUCCCUUCACAUGAUGAUGCUUUUUUGCGUUCUUUUCAUUGGCUCUCUGUUGCGAAAGUACUACAUAAGCCAGUGACAGCCGAAGAUUUGUCUUCUGCAUCCAUUACUCUUCAGAAGAUGGGCUGAUUACUAAUUGCAGGAGGUGUCUAGUCAUCUUCAGCCAUUGUGUAAUACUUAUUCUAUAGUAGUUUCUUCUACUGAAACUAAGUUAUUAGUUCUAUCUCUUUCUCUUCAUCAAUCAAUCUCUUUAUCUAUUUGCCUCUUUAUUUGUUUGUCUCUUUAUCUGUAUGUCUAUUUAUUCAUCUAUCUAUGUCUAUUCCUUAGUGUG